AUGCCAUAUGAUUUUAAAAAAUUAAAGGCUAUCAAUAAAUCAAAAGAUUGUACAGAAGAAGAUAAAAAUAAAUUAAUUAAAAUGAAAAAUUACUUUGAGAGUGAUGCUGGGAAUGUAUUUGAUAAAGCUAUGGAAAAAGAGGAUAGGAAGACUGCUAAAAGAUAUGAUAUACUUAAAAACAAUAUCUAUAACAGAUUAUCCCAAAUGAUAGAUGGUGAUUCAGAAGAAGAAAAUGUAUUUACUUUUAAAUCCAAUAAAAAGAUAUCUGUUUAUAAUAACUCUCAAAAUGAAUGGUCCAAUGUUGAGCAUGAUAAGAAAUUGAAAUAUUUAAAUAAUAAAAAUAUUGUAAAAUUUUUUGACAGUGAUUUUAGCGAUAGUUCUAAUAUUAUUAAUGACAGUGAUAUUGAAGAAACAAUUUUAAAUGAAAAAAAAGUUGUAAAUACUAUGGUAAAGAAAACUAAAAUUUCAAUAAAUUUAGAACCAGAUGAGGAAUCAUCAAAUUGUAUAAAAUAUGGCAGAUCAACAAAAGAACAUGAAGAAAAAAAUUCUAAAUCUAAAAUUUUAUUAUUAAGAGCUCCUGAAGAAGUUACGAAGCAGAUACAAACUGAAACUCAAUGUUUAGCACGAGAGACAAAGAUUCCAUAUCAUAAACCAAAGCAGUGGACUUUUAAGCAAAAAUUUUUAAACAGGAAGAAGAUAAUAACACCUAAAUUAAAAAUGUCUUCUGCUAGUGUUAAUGAAGUCUUAAAAUCAAACCAGAAAGAGACAGAAAUAUUUUAUAAGUCUUUUAAUUUACGAGAAAAGACUAGAGAAAAUAACAAAGAAGAACAAAGGUGUAUAAACAUAGAAUGUAAGCUUAAGAAGGAUAAUGUUUCAAGAAAAUUAUUCGUUGGUAAUCAAUUGUCUAUCACAGAAGAUAAUGAGGUAAAGAAUAGUUCAAGCAUGAUGAAAGGAAUGAAUGAAAGUUUAACUGAAGCAAAAGAAAUCGAAUAUAAUGAGACAAUAGUAAAUGACAAGAAAAUAAAAAGCAAUGCAACUAAUUCAGUGAUAAAAAUACAUAUUGAAUCUAAUAAUAUAGAGGGUAAGAAUUUAGAGUCUAUAUUAAAAUCAACAGAAACAAAUGGAAAGAUAGAUGAUUUAUUACAAAAAGAUAUUAGUGAAAAUGAAAAUAAGGGAAAAAACGUAUACAAUGAUACAUGUACUUCAGAAAUUAACUUUACUUCAAAAAUUAAUAAUGAUUAUGCAAAAAUUGUAAAAAAAUCUUUGGGAAUAACUAUGGAUGAAUUUGAUGAAUAUAAUGAAUAUGGUUUACCACCGCCAAAAUUCGAUGAAUCUCCCGAUAUUGAUAAGGAAAAAGUUUUAUUGAACAUAAAAAGUUUUAAAUCUAAAUUAAAAGGCAUUUCAGGUAAACAUUCUAAAAUCAAUGGUUGUACUGAUGAUACAUCUAAUGCUACAAUAAAAGAAGCAAAGGAAUUUCCAAAGGGAUUAUCAAUCGUUAAAGAAACAUUUCCAUAUAGAUUACCACAUAUAGUGAACAAAAAUUCUAAAUUUAAGAAAUGUAGAACAAAAUUGUUUUUACUGCGCUUGAAAGAGGAAUUGAAACAUAAGAUGGUUUUGAAAUGCAGUGAAGAAUGGAAAGAAAGAGAACAGGAAAUGGAAGAACAAGAAAUAGAGUGGAAUGAAUCCAUAAUUGAAGAUAAUAAUUUGAGUGAACCAUAUUCUUCAAGUAUAGAAUCUUAUAAAAGCAAAGAGAAUGUAUUAGAAGAGGAUAAUACAUAUUCAAAAAAACCAAAAAGGAAAAAGAAAAAGAAUAUUUUUAUAAAAACUAAAACUAAAAUCAGUAAAGAUGAAAUAAAUGAUAGUGAUGAGAUUGAAGAUGAUGAAGAUGAAAAUGAAGAUAAAAAUGAUGUACAGGAAAGUUCAGAAGAAGAUGAUAUAUUUGAUAAAAGUAUUAUAGAAAAUAAAUUAAGUGACAAUGAAAUCAGUAUUCCUACUUCUCAAGUGCAUACAAAAUAUGACUUAAACCAUCAAUUGGACAAAACACCACAAACUAAAAGUCACACUUUUGAUCUUAUUUCACCCAUAACUCAAUUGACUAUAUUAAACACACACAUUAAAAAAAAAGAAGAAUCAAUAAUAGAAGAAAAACAGUUGGUUAUUAAUAAAGAUGAUUCUAUUUUGAUGGAAGAUAUACAAACUCCAAAGUUAUCUCAACAAAUGAGAGAUUUUAAAACACAGCCAUCAAAAAAGUUGUUUGUUAAUUACAGUGAUGUAGUGGAUAAAGAAUUCAUGGAAAUAUCUUCUAAUAAAUUUCUGAAAGAUAAUCAUCCCUUUAAUUUUUCGAAGGAACCUAAUGUAAGCGAAUUAUUCGAAUUGUGUUCAGGAACAUUUAAUUCUCAAACAAAUAACGGUAAAGUGUUACUUGACAUAGUUGAGACAGAUGAGAUAUUUCAGAAUAUACAAGAUUCUGAUGGAAAAAUUUCUCUAUCUACUAAAACAGAUAAAAAAUAUAAGCAGCAGUCAAAAAACGAAAUUGCAACAUGGAAUAAGUUACGAGUUUUAUUUCCGGACGGCGAAAAUUCAUUUAAAAAAGAAAUUAAUAAGCGAUCAAAAAAAAGAGUUAAGAAGUUAAAUUUACCCAUUGUUGAAAAAAAAAAUACAUCUGUAAUGAGCAGCAGUAUCAAGUAUGGAGAAGAUGACGAUGAAACAUUUAUAGAUUAUGAUUCAGAAGAAUAUGAAGUAGCUAUUCCAAAAAAAAAUACAAAACAAUAUGUACCUAGAUGUUUAAAACAAGAAGUUACACUUAGCAAACAUUACUGUAAUGUUUCUAUACAUGAGAAUGAUUUGGAUAAAGUAGAAUUCAAAGGAGGAAAUGAUAAUGAAGUUAACGAAGCACAAAUAAAAAAUCAAUUACAAACUCUUCAUAUGAAACAAUUACUUAAUGUAGAAGAUAAAAAUAAUUGGGUAGAUUUAUCUAGUGAUGAAAACAAAACAAAUUGA